GUGUUUCUCUGUUUUCAUUCCUCCAACCCCUCAGCUGUCUGGGGUCUGUGCUGCAAUGUUGAUCCUGGAAGUUUUGUCCCCCUUCCUUCUUCUUUCGUUCCUGUUGCCGAGCUACGGUUGCAGGGUGGCGGACAUUCCAGAGGACACUACAUCAGAGUUCUCUGUGAGACUGUACCACCAGCUGCAGGUGGCAGGGGAGCAGGAUAACAUCAUCUUUUCCCCACUCAGUGUGGCUGUGGCACUGGGAAUGGUGGAGCUGGGAGCCCGGGGAGCUUCACUGGAGCAGAUUCGACAAGCUGUGGGAUUCAGCCACAUGCUACCAGGUGUUGAGUUCUCCUUGCUACAGAACCUGACAGAAGCUUUUCCAGAUGAUGACGCGCACUAUGUGAUUCGAUUUGCCAACAGCCUCUUUCUGCAGGAAGGUGUAACCUUUAACCCAGAGUUUCUGCGUAUGAUGAGGAAGUACUUCCGGGCAGAUGUGGAGACGGUAGAUUUCAGCGAGUCAGUAGCAGUGGCUGAACAGAUCAACAGCUGGGUCGAGAAUCAGACAGAGAGUAAGAUCCGUGAGCUGCUUUCAGCUGAGGACUUCAGCAGCUUGACCCGCCUGACCCUUGUCAAUGCAGUCUACUUCAGAGGCUCCUGGAAAAAUCAGUUCAGGCCCGAAAACACCAGAACCUUCUCCUUCAGCAGAGAUGAUGGCUCUGAAGUCCAGACGCUUAUGAUGUACCAACAAGGAGAUUUCUACUAUGGUGAAUUUAGUGACGGCUCCCAAGAAGCCGGCGGUGUCUAUCAGGUGCUGGAGAUGCCUUAUGAGGGAGAGGACAUGUCCAUGAUGAUUGUUUUGCCCCGGCAAGAAGUACCCCUGGCUUCUCUGGAGCCCAUCAUCAAAGCACCGCUGCUGGACGAGUGGGCUAGUAACGUUAAACGACAGAAGGUGGAAGUCUAUCUCCCCAGGUUCAAGGUGCAGCAGAAAAUUGAUCUGAGGAACACUUUAAAAGAGCUGGGGAUAAGGAAUAUCUUCACCAAAGAUGCUGAUCUCUCUGCCAUGGCAGAUGGCAAAGACCUUUUUAUUGGGAAGGCGGUGCAGAAGGCCUACUUGGAGGUGACUGAGGAGGGGGCAGAGGGAGCCGUUGGCUCAGGAAUGAUCGCCCUGACGAGGACUUUGGUGCUGUACCCGCAGGUCAUGGCUGAUCACCCGUUUUUCUUUGUCAUCAGAAACAGGAGCACAGGGUCCAUCCUCUUCAUGGGCAGGGUCAUGACGCCUGAGGUCAUUGAGUCAAAUGACCACGACUUUGACUCCAUGUAAAGGCGGUGUGAGGUCAAUCAGAUCUGACGUCAUACGUGCUACCUGUCCUCCGCCAUUAUCUUCAGCUGUGUUUUAUACUCUUUAUGGCGAUAUCGUAAUAAGCUGAAUAUUAUGAUAUAUAUAUAUAUAUAUAUAUAUAUAUAUAUAUAUAUAUAUAUAUAUAUAAUGACACAUAAUGUGACUGUGUUUUGAUACUGAAAGCUUUAAACAUUUGCAUACAGAUGGACAGAAAAAGUUGUAAAUAUUCUCUAGUAAAGGACAGUUUGUAUAUGAGUACAAUAUGUAAUCCACGCACGACCCCUUUAAGUUCAGCAGCUUUGGAUUCACUCACGACAGUUUUCUCACUUUCUUACUGCAGGUCUGUGCCCACGCUUUAAUUAUGCCCCUGUACAUUUGACGUUGUGUUCUAUACAGUAUAUACACUCAGUAUUUAUUGCAGACUAAAUAUGUGCAGAUUUUGUCCUUAUACAAAGAAUCCUAGUAAUAUAUAAAUAUAUCUGUUCCAGACAGUAUUACAGUCAUUUAUUUUUACACCAUAGGCACAUGGCUAAACUGCUGAUGAACGAAUAUGCCUUAUCACAUCUGAGUGGCUGAUUAAAUGCCAGCUGGGCAUCUCACAGGUGAGCCGAGGAGAUGGCGUAACCAAGGUGGGUUGCUAUAGAGAUAGACUGGAGCACGCAGGCAACUCCUGCUCUGUUUCUGGUGUGCAUACUGAGAAAAAAUG